AAUCAUGAGUCUUUUGUUUUCUGAAACCUGAGAAGAUGGCGGCGACCCGCUUCCUCCAAACACCUGCCACUGCGAUGAACGAGCAGGAGAGACGGAGGAAGUGGAAACGUCAGCGGUUUGACUCUCAGGAACGCAGAGAGCCGCUGUUAACUAGCCUCGACUCGACGGCGUGUUUUCUCACGGACGCCUUCUUUCGUUAGCCCUUCGGCUCUCUGACCAUAUUCACGGAGAAACGACGCCCGACCCGCCGCUGUACUGGGCAGAAACAUCCCAACACCUCGUUUCAUUUCAGCAUCUUAUGAAGGACAGUAUAAUUCAAUGUAAAGUUUCCAGCUUUACAUAAAGGGGGGUUGUGUAUGCACGGGCUGUGUCCGAAAUCGUCACCCAGUCCGUCCCCGCUCGCCGUCCAGGGCGUCCUGUGUGGAAGACUAAACACUGAGCUCAUCGGCUACAUGAGAAAACACUAAAAAAACACUCCUCGGGUCAUUUUCUCGUCGUCUUUCUUUCAGCGCACUGCGUGAUGGUACAUACCGCUUGGUUAGUGACCAUCGGUUGAACGCUACUUUUCACGAUGCAUUCUGGGAUACUUUGAGUCCGCUAUACAUUCAGACAGCACUACAAAAUGGCGACCUCACUAUAGUGAGCAGUGAGUGAUUUCGGACACAGCCACGGUCAAAUAUGGCUCUCAAAGCUAGCUACCAUGCUAAGUGUCAGUUAGCAAGCUAGUUAGCAACAGGACAAUAAGUGUCCACAGUGUAUUAAAGCAGUGUCGGCAUGAUGUCUCCUAACUGUGAGUGAACCAGGUCUGUGUUGUGGAGCAGGAUGUUAGCAUCAUAGCUAAUAAGCUACCAUAGCUUCCUCCAUUUUGGACUCUCCGGCUCUCCGUCCAAUCAGAGCUCAGCUUUAUCAAGAUGGCUUGUCAUUGGUCAACGGUGUGAAUUCACGGGUCGGAUUUCACCGAAGUUGAACUCGUCACGAAUAUUUGAUUCACUUUGCCCCUCCCCCCCCGCGAGCGAAUCCGAUCAUUGCGUCGCUUCUAUUCAGAUUAAUUUAUUUUGCCGUGAAAUUUCUACGCUUUAGAUUCUGGCGUGACUGUAAAAGAGCUGGAUUUAGGUCACAUGUUCUUUACUCCGUCUCAUACUGGACCCAGACUUUUUGAAUCCACAUGUUGUGUGAGGCAGGAUCAGGUUUCAGCCACUAAGUAAUAAAACAGCUCCAGUAAGACUCUGAUAGCGUGCCUGUGGCUAAAACACGCGUUAUUAUAUUAUAAUUAGUUGUUUUAUCUUUGUUUAAAGUAACGAGGUAUUCAGAUUUUAUCGUCAGCACAGCAGUAAAUACUCCAAACCUCAAUAUCAAGUUUUAGCUUUUCCACAAAGACAAAUGACAGAAACCGUCUCCGAGCAGUGAACGCCAACCGAGACGGGACGGGACGGGGAGGAGACUUUGGAUCUCUGUACAUAACCGGCUGAAAGUCGAGCUUUCUCUGAAAUGUGCUGCUUUUGAAAAACUUGCUGAUGAACUUUAUAUGGACAAAACAUUCAUCUGAAACGCUGUUUAAAACAAAAUAGCUGUUUGGUGACGUUUGUUGCAUUUCUGGGUCUGUUUUGUUGUUUUUGUUUUCCUUUAUCUCGUGGAUAACUGUCCCAUCGCAGAGGAAGUGACAUCGUGUCCACAUCGACGGUGUCCACAGGAAGGAGCGAGGACGACUUCUUUUUUUUAAACCGGUGUUCAUCAGUUCACCAGUGCGACAGACUGGUCGAUUGGCCAAAUCUGAGAUUUGGAGAAUAAAGUUGAAAUAUUUUUAGCAAAAGGCGUAAUGCUGUGACGAAAAAAAGGCGUAAACUUUUGAGAAUAAAAUCCAAAAUUGUACGAGAAAAAGUCACAGUUUGAGAAAUAAAAGCAAAAUUAAAAAGGUGAAAUAUUACGACUAAAAACUUUACGUGUACAGAAUAUAUGGACAGUCAGGAAAUACUAAAACAAACACAUCCACCCGAUUCAAUCGUAACGUACGACAUGUCGUGAGACAUUAAGUCAGUAUUAUGAGACUGUAACGAAGUCACAUACUUGAUUGGUAUCUCAUAACGUCGACUUACUCUCAUGUUGCAAAAGUUACAACUAUGUUGUCAGAAUAUCCCUGCGGCCGUACUAACGGAAAGCAGGGCUUUUUAAACUGCUCUUUGACUAUGAGCAGCGUGUUUUUGACUCUCGUCUUAAGGAAUCACAAACCGGAGAAGCCGAAUGACGAAAUACCUGCAGGGAGGAAGGCGGCGAUUCUCACAGACUGAUCUGAUUAUUGACGUUUAACCGCAGGGGGAUUUUUCCUCUGACGAGUUGUUGCGUUCACGGUCGUGCGGCUUCUUCUUCAGGAUGUUUUCUACAACGCCGACACGUAUAUCUGUACAGACAAGCACUUUGGACACUGUAUUUUUGCACAACGUACUGAAAUCCACGAUAAGACUUAAAUCUGCGUGUCUGAUAUAAACCUCGCUCCUCUUCUUCUUCUUCUUCAUGUACAAUAUUUGUACGUAUUGUAAAUAUGACUGUUUGAUACAAUGAUAACUGAUAACUUGUGGGGUUUGUAUCUGUUUUCAGUGUAAAGUGACGUUAUAUUUUUCCCGAGUAACACCAAAGACUCACCUGCCGCUGCCGGAGGAGGUCGCGGAACAGAAAGGCUGGAUGGCUUUCUGCUGCUUGUUGAUCCACGUCCUCCUCUUCACCUGCUCCUCGGCUCACAAUGACUUCUUCACCUCCAUCGGUCACAUGACUGACCUGCUGUUCACGGAGAAGGACCUGGUCACCUCCCUGAAGGACUACAUCCGAGCGGAGGAGAGCAAACUGGAGCAGAUUAAAAAAUGGGCUGACAAACUGGACGUCCUCUCUGCGGCGGCCACUGAGGACCCUGAGGGUUUCCUGGGACACCCGGUGAACGCCUUCAAACUGAUGAAGAGACUCAACACAGAGUGGGGGGAGCUGGAGAGCCUGGUGCUCACUGACAUGUCUGAUGUGUUCAUCUCUAACCUCACCAUCCAGAGGCAGCACUUCCCCAACGAUGACGACCAGACGGGAGCCGCCAAAGCUCUGACGAGGCUGCUGGACACCUACCAGCUGGACACCAACACCAUCUCCACCGGAAAGCUGCCAGGCUCGUCCUUGGCCGCCUCACACCGGAGCGUUCUGACUGUCGACGACUGCUACGACCUCGGGAAGGUGGCGUACUCGGACGCAGACUACUACCACACGGAGCUGUGGAUGGUUCAGGCCCUGAAGCAGCUGGAUCAGGGAGAGACGUCCAGCACCGUGGACGCUGUGGCCAUCCUGGACUACCUGAGCUACUCCGUCUACCAGCAGGGGGGGCUGGAGAGAGCGCUGGACUUCACAAAGAGGCUGCUGGAGCUCGACCCUACACACCAGCGAGCCAAUGGUAACCUGAAGUACUUUGAGUAUCAGCUGGCGAAACAGAAGAAGGUGGAGGAGAAAGAAGAGGAGGAGGAGGAGACUGAGGGGAGACAGAAGAAGGGUCGGCCUGACGAUUACCAGCUAGAGAGGAAGAAGUACGAACAGCUGUGUCGCGGCGAGGGCCUCAGGAUGACUCCUCGCAGGCAGAGCCGCCUCUUCUGCCGUUACUAUGACAACAAUCGCCACCCGAAAUACGUGAUCGGUCCGGUGAAGCAGGAAGACGAGUGGGACCGCCCCCGCAUCGUCCGAUACCACAACAUCGUGACGGACAAGGAGAUCGAGAAGGUGAAGGAGCUGGCCAAACCCAGGCUGCGUCGAGCCACCGUCUCCAACCCUGCAACCGGUGUGCUGGAGACGGCCCACUACCGCAUCAGUAAGAGUGCUUGGCUCACAGCGUUUGAACACCCGGUGGUGGACAGGAUCAACCAGAGGAUCGAGGACCUCACGGGCCUGGACGUCUCCACAGCUGAGGACCUGCAGGUGGCUAACUACGGUGUCGGAGGACAGUACGAACCUCACUUCGACUUCGGACGGAAAGACGAACCGGAUGCUUUUGAAGAGCUGGGGACGGGAAACAGAAUCGCCACCUGGCUGCUUUACAUGAGUGACGUACAGGCAGGUGGCGCCACAGUCUUCACCGACGUAGGAGCUUCGGUCUGGCCCAAAAAGUGUCCAAUAAAUGGAUCCAUGAACGAGGGCAGGAGUUCAGGAGGCGCUGCGGCCUCACGGAGACCGACUGACCGCCGACCCUCCUCCUUCAUCUCGGACCUCCUCCUCCUGCUGCUCCUCCUCCUCCUCCUCGGCCGUCAGACGUGUCGCACUAUCAUUUCAGACACCAUUAGACUUAAAUCCCACUGACUCACCCAUUAAUGAUGAUGUUAUUAAGGUUUUUAAUGGGAUUUUAAAGGGAAAAUGGACUUUACUUUCUAAGCAGCAAAUAAUUUAAUAACAUUUCUAAACACAAUGUAGUUUCAAGCAGAUAAGAACGUUUCUAAUGUGUUUUUCUGAUGAAACGUCCCUAACUGGUUAUAUUUAUCAGCAAAUAUACUUCAGUAAUAACAGAAUAAAUCAAUGUUAACUACACUAAAUAUAAUACAUGCAAAUAUAUUUAAUUCUUCAUAUUCAUAUAAAAUGUGAAAUAUUUAAUAUAAAUAAUUACAACUGUGUUAAACUGUUUAUACACCAGUGAGUUAGUUAUAAAAGUACAUUAAUAUAUCGGCUUAAAACUACAUUGUAAUGUACUGUUUUAUUAGAUUAUCUGCUGCUUUAAAUGCUAAAUACAGGCAGUUAAAGUACAAAGUUAUUGGAAUAUAUUAAUGGAUUAUCUGCACAGUUUAGGGGCUUUUUAAGGGUUAAAAACUACUUUUAAAUUGAGCAAAUGACAUGAAAGCCUUUUAAUUUAUACCGUAAAGGGGCCGUUUCAUUUUUAAAUUAAUUCAGGGGUGCUUUAUGCUCGGCUAUUUGGUCCAUUUUAAGAGGUUUUUGCCGCUCAGACUGUUCAGAUUUAUUUACUUAUCCAUUAACAAACAAUACAUUCGGAAACCCCCCAAUUUGCACCUUAAUCGAAAAGGUUUUUUUUUCUAAGAUGCAAAUUAAGGGGCACCUGUAAUGUUGUACGUUUAUUUGCCCUUUAAUCCAUUAAGAAAAUCCCUUAAUAUAUCAGAAUCCAUUCAUUUAUCCCUUAAGUUGCACACGAUUAACAAUAAUUGAAAGAUUAAUGUUCUUAUAAAGUACAAGUUUAUGACCCAAAAUCCAUUAAUUUGCCUGAAUACUGAAUAAAAAAAUCCAUAAAAUAUCA